UAAUAAAUAUCACAAAAUAUUCUUGUUUUUUGUUCAUAUUUGCAUCAUUUUAUUUUUCAACAAAAUAUUUUUAAUAUAUUUUGAAUAAUUGAAUUUUUAAGGAAUAAUUGUAAUUUUUCAACACUUGGAAUAGUUUCUAAAUGUUGUAAAUAUAAAAACUCAUUUUUAUUAAUAGAUAAUGGAUUUAAAUAAUAAAUUUCAAAAUAUGAGUUCAGAUUCUGAUUCUAAGUCAAGUUCUUUAAAUUCGAAAGUUGAACAGGAAUCAGUAAGUUAUACAAUUAAAACACAUAUUAGUAUAGUAUUUUAACUUACCUAUGUGUUUAUAAGGUAAUAAAGAUAGGUAAUCUUUUUCAAAUUUUAUUUCUAGAAAGGAUAAUAACUUUUUUAUUGAUUUUAUUUGUUGUAUUAUUUCUCAAUAAUUAUAUUUGUAUUAUUGACUUAAAUGAUUUUUUUUUUUUUUUGUGCGUAUAUCUAUUGUAUAUUAUUAAUGGACUUCACUCCUAAAUUAUAUUUUCUAAAAUAUUGGGAUCUUGUUUAUAAAUAAUUAUUAAUUUAUUUUACUAUCAAUUUUUAAUCAAUAUAACUCUAAUUUUUAUUAGGAAUCUAAUUCACCUACCAAAAGUCGGCGGUCAACUAGUUCAACGUCAAAUGAAAUGUCUACUGUUGGAGAUAUAAAAUUAAGAAAUAAAGUAAUAUAAAUGGUUAUUUAUAGCAUACAAUUAUUUUAUUAAAUACCAAAUUUUAUUUUUUUUUCAGAUUUCGGAAAAUGUUCCUUCUGGCCGUUCUGAUGAUCCACCAUUAUUGCCAGGCGAGAAAGUACAAGGUGUUGCCCGUGAUGUUACUUAUUUAUGUCCAUUUAGUGGUCCAGCAAGAGGAGGAUUAUCUGUGACUAAUUAUAAAUUAUACUUUAAAAGUUUAGAACGUGAUACUCAGUUAGUGAUUGAAGUACCAUUGGGCGUGGUUAGUAUUAUAUAUAUAUAUAUAUAUAUACACAGUUCAAUCUUGUCAAUAUUUAAAUAAUAUACUAAAGUAAAUUUGUCAGACCUACCUAUCUCGUAAUGACUAUGGAUUAUUAAAAUUAUAAUGCUUGUUAACAAAAUUAUAACAAAUUAAAAUUUACCAAGAAAUUGAUAACAGAAUGUUGUAUAAUUUAUAUGAAGAGUUAACAAGAUUUAACUACACUUAAGGGCUCUAUUGUGAUGCAGUGAACACACCAGUUCCUGAUAGGCAUUAUCAUUAAACUGUAUUAUUUAUUUCUUGCUACUAUUUGAUGCCCACCUGUGUAUAACAAAUUAGCCAUGUCCUACUAACUCAUUAAGACAUAAUCUAAUAUUUAAAAUUAUAAUUAAUUAUUGAAAUAUUUAACAAUAAAAUUACAUUAAAAAACUACUUAGAUAAAAAAUUAUAAAUUGAAUAUAAUUUAAUGAUUAGGUAAGUAGAGUUGAAAAAGUUGGUGGUCAAUCUAGCAGAGGAGAAAAUUCUUAUGGAAUAGAAUUAUUCUGUAAAGAUAUGAGAAAUUUACGUUUUGGUCAUAAGCAAGAAAACCAUUCAAGGCGCAAUGUGUUUGAAAAAUUACAGCAAUAUGCGUUUCCUCUAUCUCAUAAUAUCCCAUUAUUUGCUUUUGAGUAUACUGAAACAUUUUCAGAAAAUGGUUGGAAUGUUUAUGAACCUAUGGCCGAACUCAAGAGAAUGGUAAAUUUUUCUUAUUUACUAGAUAGUAUCAUCCUUUUAUAAAGUUAUAUUUUAUUAAUAUUAUCAUACAGAUGUGUUUUUUUUCUUUCAGGGUGUUCCAAAUGAUACAUGGCAUAUCACUAAACUAAAUGAUAGUCAUGAUCUUUGUGAGACCUAUCCCGCUAUUCUAGCUGUCCCAGCUGGGGCAACAGAUGAAAUUAUAAGGAAUGCUGCUGCUUUUAGAAGUAGAGGUCGGAUACCUGUUCUAAGCUGGUUACAUUCUGAAUCUCAGGCCACCAUAACUAGAGCAUCCCAACCCUUAGUGGGUGUUGGUGGAAAAAGAUGUCGUGAUGAUGAGAGGUAUACCCAACUCAUAGUUGAUGCUAAUGCACAGUCACAUAAACUUUAUAUUAUGGAUGCAAGACCUAGGUAAAGUAUUUAAUAUUGAUCUUACUAUAUAUUAAUCUAUUAUACAUUUUGAACAAUUUAAAUAUUAUAUUGUAGUGCUAACGCAAUCGCUAAUAAGGCUAAAGGAGGUGGUUAUGAACCAGAAGAUGCUUAUCAAAAUGCAGAGUUGAUAUUUCUUGAUAUACAUAAUAUUCAUGUAAUGAGAGAAUCUUUGAGAAAAUUAAAAGGUUGUUGACAAUUUUUUUUUCUUUUAUUAUAUCCAUUUAUAAUUAAAAAUGUAACACUAGAAAUUUGCUUUCCAAAUAUUGAUGAAACAAAAUGGCUGUCUGGGAUUGAAUCUACAUAUUGGUUGAAACAUAUCAAAUGUGUUCUGGCUGGAGCUUGCCGGAUUGUUGAUAAAGUAGAAAAUCAUAAAACAUCAGUUUUAGUACAUUGUUCUGAUGGAUGGGAUCGUACAGCUCAGGUAAAAAAUAAAUAAUAUUAGUUAUUAUUUGAAAUUAAUUAAAAUUUAUAUUUUAUUAUUAUACGGAUAUUUUUCAGUUAACUGCUUUAGCUAUGGUACUUUUGGAUCCAUAUUAUAGAACAAUAAAAGGAUUUGAAGUUUUAAUUGAAAAGGAAUGGCUCAGUUUUGGUCAUAAAUUUCAACAUGUUAGUAAAAUAAUAGAUUUAUUCUAUAUUAAUUAUUAUGUGUAGAUACUGUAUCAGUUCUAUAUUUAAAUUUUCAAUAAAAUCCCUUACAUAUUUCCUUUGUAUCACCAAAUAUGUAAUGCAAUGACUAAGUAAUAGUUAUUAGUAAAACUGCGUACAAUUUUUGUAUUCUUAGAAUGAAUAAAAACCAAUAUUGAAACAAUUAUUAACUAUUAAAAUAAUUGCAUAUUAAUCUAAAUUUGGUUUUUUACUUAGAGAAUUGGUCAUGGAGAUGAUCAUCAUUCAGAUGCUGACAGAUCACCUGUGUUUUUACAGUUUAUUGAUUGUGUAUGGCAAGUGACUUGCAUGUUCCCAAAUGCAUUUGAAUUCAAUGAGUUGUUCUUAAUUACUAUUAUUGAUCAUUUAUAUUCUUGUAGAUUUGGCACAUUUCUCUUUAACAGGUAUUUUUUUUUUUUUUUUUCAUAUAAUUAAAAAUUAAUUGCUCAUAUUAUUUUUGUAUAAAUGCUAUUUUUGAAUCUGGCCACACACUACAGUUUUAUUCAUGUAUGUGUACAUGCACAGUGUACAGUGUUCACCGUUAGUUUGUGGGUUUUAAAACUAACACCAAAGCAUUAUGAUAAUUAAGUAGUUAGAAUUUUGUUCUACAAUCAGUGUUUGAAAUAAACCGCAUGGUUUUAAUAUAAAUAAAUUAUAAAUUAAGUAAUUAAUAAUAAAUAAUAUUAAUUACAAUACAAUAUGUAAAUAUUAAUAAAUAAUUAGUAUCAUUAUACAUAUAUAUAUAUAUAUAUAUAUAUAUAUAUAUAUCAUUACUUUAUAAAAUUUUAUUUUGCAUAUCUUUUCGACCUAAACACAAUUUUUUGUUCACAAAUUAAUAAAACUAGUGUGUGGACAAUCUUAUACUCUUUAUAGACAAAUAAACAUAAAUAAAUAUAUGAAUUAAGAAUAACCAAGAGGUUUUUAAAGUCAUCAUUUAGAUACAGAUUUAUUAUAGUUGGUUUUGAUAAAAGCCAUCAUUAGAUACUAAUAAAUUUUACAAUAGUCAUUAUCUGCUUUAUUAUUUUUAUAAAUAUUUAUUUACACGAUUUAUCAUUUUACACAUAGUUAUUAUUAAGUGAUGCUUCCUUAAUAUUCUUUUAUUAUUUAAAAUUAUAUUAUUUUAUUCAAUACUGCAGAGGGGUAAUAGGUACAGAUAAUAUUACUUAUACAAUCAUUUCAAUACAAUAUCUUUUAAUCCGACAAGCUAAUUAACAAAAAUCAAAGUUCAUAUUAUGUUUUUUUUAGUGAAAAAGAGCGGUUACAAAAAGAAGUAAAACAAAAGACUGUAUCACUCUGGUCUUACAUUAACAGUGAUCAAGAUUUAUAUAAAAAUCCUUUAUAUUGGCCCCAACAACACGCUCUUGAACCUGUUGCCUCAUUACGCUAUAUUAAAAUGUGGAAAGGGCUAUAUUGUCGAUGGAAUCCAAGCAUGAGACCUCAAGUACAUUUAAUAUUUAAAGAAUAAUUAGUAUUAAACUUGAUAUCUUAUUAUAAUUUUUAGGAACCAAUUUAUCAAAGAACAAGAGAACUUCUUCAUAUGAAAACUCAAUUAAUAAAAAUAUCAGAUGAUUAUAGACGAGAACUCAAACAUAAGGCCUCUAGAAAUACAUCCACUACCAAUCGAUUGACUUCUCCUAUACACAUUUAAUAUUAAAUUAUGAUUAAUACAUCAUUUAUCUCAUUGAUUUGUUAUAGAUAUUGAUUUUUUUUAUUAUUAUUAUUGUUAUUCCUACAAACUAAUAUUAAACCAAUUUAAAAUACAUUAAUGUUAUUUAUUUUAACUUUUAUAAGUUAUUAUGUAAUUAUA